GGUGCUGGCGUUUCAGCAGAGCUGUGUGUGGCUGUGCUGAACGCCUGCGGCCCCAUUGCAGCUUUUUCCUGCUCUGCCUUGCACCCUGCCCCGGCGGGCUGCCCUGUUUACUCUCUGCUCUGUGGUAAAUGGAUGUCACUUCCUUCAUUAAAAUGCUGGUGCGUGGCCAGAUUCCCUUCCUUUGGGCUCGCACGCUCGGAGCAGCAGCGCUGCCGAAUCCAGCUGCGUGCCGCGCUCCGGGAUCUGCUCCUGGCUGGAUUGUUGGGACCUGCUGAGCCUGCCGAGGUUCCUGAGCCCACACACAGAGGCUUUUGGAGGCAUCUCCGAGGUGGAGAAGCACAGGUGGAGCUGUGUUGAAGAGGGGCUGAAGAUGGAUUAUUGCUGGAGAGCACAAGCUGCGCUUCCAGCCAGGGACUGUGUGCAUCCCACGGGGAAGGUGUAGCCAGCGUUCGGAAUGGGGUGCCAGUGCCAGCCUGCUCUGGCCAGCGGAAGCAGCCUCUGGACAUGAGGAUGUGGAUGCUGUUCAAGGGCAUCCCCUGAUGUGCCCGGCAGCACAGGCACUCCUGGAUGCACAGGAUCCUGGCCAAAAGGACACAGAAAUCCUGGACACCCUGUUCUGACUGUGCUCGGUGCGGACUGACUGAGCACUCUGCCUUUGUAGCUGACCAGGGUCUCACCUGAAGAGUUUUAAACUGACAUCAAAGUUGCUGAUCAGACUGGUACUAUGUGGGCGAGCUGCUGUAACUGGUUCUGUGUGGAUGGCUCCACUGAGGAGAUGCCACCGCCACCAACAGCCCGAGCCCAGGCCUAUUCCAACCCUGGCUACAGCUCCUUCCCCUCUCCCACUGCUUCUGAACAGAGCUGCAAAGCCUGUGGGAUGCACUUCGACAGCUCCUCCAGGAAGCACAUCUGCUUGGACUGUAAGAAGAACUUUUGCACGUCCUGCUCAAACCAGCCCGAAGGUGGGCCCCUGCUCUGCCACCUCUGCCAGCGCUUCCGAGCCACGGCUUUUCAACGGGAGGAGCUGAUCAAGAUGAAGGUGAAGGACCUGCGAGAUUACUUGGCACUCCACGAGAUUUCCACAGAGUUCUGUCGUGAAAAGGAGGACCUGGUAUUCCUGAUCCUUGGCCAGCAGCCUGCAAUUACCCAGGAAGAUCAGAUAAGAACAAACACAUUUAAUACCAGUGCCCAUGGACAGCAAGACUUUGUGAGUCACCCCCCAACCAGCCUGGCCUCUUCUACCUCACAAGAUGAGCCCUCAGUGUCUGCAGAUCCCAUCUCAAGUUCAGAAGCUCAGGAACACCAACAGGCCAAUGGCCAUGUGCCUCCGAGCCCAGCCUGUGGAACAGCAGCUGAGAAUGCAGCAGAAGAAGCAGCAGCAGCAGAGGACGAGACACAGUCUACUGACUCUGAGGAUAACCUGGUGCUGGGCAGGAAGGCCUCGCUGUCUGACCUGACGAGCAUCGGGGACAUCAACGCGCUCUCCGUGCGACAGCUGAAGGAAAUCCUCGCCCGCAACUUCGUCAACUACAAAGGCUGCUGUGAGAAGUGGGAGCUGCUGGAGAGGGUCACUCGCCUCUACAAAGAGAAGGACCUUCAACAUCUGGUUUUGGACACUGAUGAUCAAACUGGUGCUGCUGGGCCCCCCAGCACCGAGGACAACCUGUGCAGGAUCUGCAUGGAUGCUCCCACCGACUGCGUGCUGCUGGAAUGUGGGCACAUGGUGACGUGCACCAAGUGCGGGAAGCGCAUGAGCGAGUGCCCCAUCUGCCGCCAGUACGUGAUCAGGGCCGUGCACGUCUUCAGGACCUAAGGGUGGCUGUGGGGUCAGGGCUGCUGCUGCCUUAAAGCCUCAGUGCUCUUAGGAAAAGGGCCAACAACAUCCCUGCAAAUAAUUACUUUGGAGAUUAGCAAUGGACCCCGCUGCAAGGGAGGGAAGGAGGAAGCCUGGGGAAAACUGCUCUGCUCAAGCCAUGCCCGACUCUGCUCGUCCCACCAUCGUGCUUUACACCACAGUGCCUGGACUCCUUGGAGCUCAUUGCCAGCAAUCAUUAACCACCUCCAUCCUAGGAUAAUUUGAGGACAGAUGGACACCCAGCUUUCCACCAGGAAGAUCAGCUCCAGAGGCUUUGUAUUUUCCUCUGAAUAAUAAAAGUGAACUGGGAUCUCAAAAAGUGUCCUUUGUUUUGCUGCUCAGGCUACACCCAGCAAAAAGUUGAUUUUCAAAGAUUAAAAUGUCACUAUGCUUGUUAAUUUUAUUUUUAACUUAAUGUAAAAUUGUUAUGCUUGCAGGACAGGCAAGACCACCCCUGCUUUCCCUAAUUCCAGCCUAGUGCAAUUGUGGAAAAGUGUGUAAUUUUUUAUCAAGGUUGUCUUUGUAUUAAUGGAAACUGUCAGGGGAGGGAGGCUGGGAAAGCUCAGCCUUGCCCUGUGUGCUGGGUUUGUGUUUCUGUGCCAGAGGGAGGUUUCUGGUUUGAUUUUGUCAACUUUGACUUCACAGCACGUGCCAGAGGUGGGGCUCAAACUGAACUGGCCUCACUUGCUGAGGGAGCUACAAAUCCAAGGCUUGAGUCUUCCCCAGGGUUUAGUGAGGAAACCACGCAGCUGCAGAGCCGUGAGGACUCCACUGCUACACAAUCAUAUUUAAGGACAGGUGACUUUUUCUUUUUUUAAAAGGGAAUCAAGAAAAAAAAGCCUUUGUCUCCCUUGGAUCCAUGAGCAAUCUCUGCUUCCCCCAUCCUCCCCCGUGCUCAGUUCUACAGUUCUGUUAACUUCCACUGCUCAUCAAAAGCAGUUUAUUUGUCCUUUCUGCUGGUGAGGGUGGGGAGGAGGGAGUCUGUGGUCUGAUCCCUGACAGCUCUCCUGAGCAGUGUGUUCAGCUGGAAGAGACUUCCUAGAGAAGUCUGGCAGUUCUUGCUGGAGGUGAUUGUAGCUGGUGUAUUUUCCCCUCAGUGGCCUGUAAGCAUGCAGGGCACUUGGCUGCUGCACAGCCAAGCUUCAGCAUCCUGCUGCCUUGAGUGUCCAGCACCAUGGGAGUGUUCCCUCAUCCCAAGGCAGCUGUGAAGCUGAUUCCCCCCUGCAGCAGAGCUUUCCGGGCUGCCUGUGGGGAGCGGGGACGGCUCCGUGCUCAAACCUGGCUGGCAGCAGAGAACAGCACAGGCCCAGCGUCCCCUCAGCUCCUGAGGCACUGCAGGGCAGCCACAGGGACAGCACAGAAGCUCCUGUGCAGUGAGUGGGCAAGUGGCAACAGCAAAUUCCCCUUGGGUGUUCUUGAACAGGGACAGUGCCACGAGAGCAGCUCAGCUCAGGGAGCCAGGGUCUGCUCUGGGAGCUGCAGCCAGAACAGCACCUGAGGUGAGAAAUCCAUGGCUCAGGAGGCAGCAGGAGAGGCGCUGCUGAGGUGCUCUCAGAGCUCCACAAAAAUGCAGCAGCUGCUGCAGUUCACUGAACUCAGCAUUCUGAGUUCUGCCUCUGUCCCUGGUCAGGUUGUUCUUUAAUCUUUGACUUUAACAGGUUCCAGCACAAGAACAAACUGAACAAGUCAGUGCAUCACGAGAGGACAGGUAAGACUCUGCUCUGGAGAGGGCACAGGGAGCUCGGAGAGCUGCAGCAACACACAAAGUGCUGAGCAGCCUCAUUUGGGAAAUUCACUGUGAAAAUUCACGUUGUCAUAUUCUUCAAUUAACUCAGGGCUGGGGGAAUUCAGCAGGAAGAUGAUUCCCCUAGGGAUAGAUGUGCUUUUCCUUGUAGAGGGUAGGCUUAUUUUCUACAGCAGGUAAAUCAAGCUGCAGAUCAAUGCCUGAAAUUUUAGGGAUGAAAAGAUCCACCCACCCUGUGACUCCAAAAUGUGCUUUGUGAAGGGAGGACUCUUCUUGCUUCCCUUAUAAAAAUGGAUUCUCUACUUAUGGAUAUGAGGUUUUUUUAAAGGAAAAUCAAAAUUUGGAGGAAACUGAUUAAUGAUCCAAAGGAAUAUAAUGUUCUGAACUAAUAAAGUAAAUGGAAAUAUUUAUGUGCUUUAUGUACACUGUACAUUGUUUAAAGAUUUAAAGAGUUAAUAUUCUACUUGAAAGGGCAUGUUAUUCACUAUUAAAUCCUCUGGUACUAUGAUGGUUAAACUUACUAGUUUUGGUACAGAAGUCUGGUUUAUAAUUUUAUAAUAAAGUUGAAAUGUGAUUUAGUUAA